AUUGAAAGAUAUUUAUCACAAUAGAAAACUAUCGCCUACUAAUUUCUUGUACAUCGAAGAACUACAGUUUUUCAUACAAUGGAAGGAAAUAAAUGUCGAGCAUGUUUAUUAGAAAAAGAUCUGGCAGAUCUUUGUGAUUGGUAUUUAACAAUGGAAAUAUGUGAUGCUUUGACAUAUCUGGAAUGUUUUGAAAUGUGUACUCAAUUGGAUAUAAAAAGUACAAAUGCUAAAUCACCUUAUGUUAGGGAUAUGCAUUACUUGUGCCAGGACUGUAUUCAAGAAUUGAUUAUUUCUUACCGAUUUAUAAGAAAGGCACAAAAAUCUGCUCAUGAAUUAUGUUUUCUAUCAAAAAAUAAAGAUAAUUUAUCGAAUAUGAGAAGAAAUACAUUUGAAUAUGUAUAUAUACAGGAGGCCCUUCUAAGCGACGAAUACAUAAGUAUAUCUCAAAAAGAUCAACAAAACAAAAUCGGCAACUUUCCCGGGGAAAAUCCUUUACUAAAAGUUGAUAUGGCUUCCGAUCUUCCCAAUGAAACUUGUACACAAACAUAUAAGAAACAGGAUGCUAAAAUACAUCUAGCAAAAGGCAAAAACGUAUUUCGAAAAGAAAAAAAAGGCAAACUUGAAGCAGAAAACAAGCAAUUUCCAUGUGAUUAUUGUAAAAAAUUAUUCCCGGCAAAUAAAUUACAACAACACAAGUCCCGGUAUCAUAGGCCUAAGAUCUUUCUUUGUGAUAUUUGCCCAAGUUCUUUUAGCAUUGCAAAUAACUUACGCCGACAUCAACGCACGCAUGACUCGAAUCGUCAACGAAACUUUUCUUGUAGUGACUGUGGUCGCACAUUUUUUACAGAGGAUGUUUAUAGGACUCACUUAAAAAUACAUCAGACAUCACGUCGAGCGAAAUUCGCGUGCAAUCAAUGUGACAAAACAUUCAUGCAUAAGGGCAGUCUUACUUUACAUAUUCAAAAGCACAUAGGCCCAAAAAAUGAGUGUAAUAUUUGUCAGAAACGUUAUGUUCGAAAAAUCGACUUAGAUAUUCAUAUGCGUAAUCAUUCCGGCGAUUUGCCAUAUAAAUGCAGCAAAUGCGAUAAGGCAUUUAUGACAACCAGCGCAUUGAGAAAACACGAAAUACUUCAUUCUGGUGUACGUUAUAAGUGUGAUAUCUGCAAUAAGGAGUAUUCUCAUCCCUCAAAACUAACUCGUCACAUCUUGUAUCAUACAGGCCUUCCUUUAAAAUGUGCAAUAUGUAACAAAGGAUUCGCUGAGCCAAAUAAGAUUCGAAGGCAUAUCCGCACUGUGCACAAAUUAGAAGACAUUUCACGUGUAAAUGAACUUACCAUUAAAGUUUCGAAAAAUGAUGAAUAUCCAAAAUAAAAUGAACACUGUUUUGAAUUUAA